AUGUCGAAACAGAAAGAUACAAUAGAGGUUCACGAGGCAACUACAACUAGGUCAGCAUGGCCUCAUUCUCUAGCGGUCAACUCCAGCACUAGCAUCGACGACGGCGAACAAAAACCACAACCAUCGCCAUCACGGAGAAAUGCCAUCUUCCAUUGGCUAAGUCAAGCGUCACGCAAGUUGGACUCCUUAGGAGUAGAAACACGCGGCAUCGAGCGCAUCGAGCCGUACGAGAGAUCAACCAACAAGACAAAACAACUCGUGAGCGUCAUCGGGCUCUGGCUUUCUGCAUGCGGUGGCCUUUCCUCGAUGUCGUCGUUUUUCCUUGGUCCCCUAUUAUUCGAGCUCGGGUUGAGAAACACCUUGGUGUGCGGCUUAACGGGCCACACGCUCGGGUGCGUCGUGGCUGCCUACUGCUCUUUGAUGGGCACCUCGGGGCUUCGACAGAUGAUCUCAGCUCGCUUUUUGUUUGGGUGGUGGUUCGUCAAGCUUGUGGCUCUCGUGAGCUUGAUUGCGCUUCUUGGGUGGUCGGUGGUGAAUUGUCUCGUGGGAGGGCAGAUCUUGGCUAGUUUGAGCAACGAGCAUAUCCCGGUGUGGGCCGGGAUCAUUAUCGUGGCGGCCAUUUCGCUUUGUGCCGCGAUCGGCGGCAUCAAGCCGUUGAUGAGGAUCGAGGCGGCGUUGAGCUUGCCCGUAAAUUUCGCAUUCUUGUUGUUGUACGUUGUCGCAUCGCAGAAGUUCCAGUAUUUGACGUUGCACGAUGCGAUUGAUGAUCCUGCUACGAUCAAGGGCAACUGGUUGAGUUUCUUUUCCUUGUGCUAUUCGAUUACCUCGACGUGGGGGUCGAUUGCCUCGGAUUACUACAUCUUGUUCCCGGAGACCACGCCGGAUUUGCAAAUUUUUUGCAUCACCUUCUUUGGCAUCUGGGCUCCGACGACGUUUGUCGGGGUCGCGGGCAUGUUGAUUGGUAAUGUUGCCCUCACGUAUAAGCCCUGGGGCGACGCGUAUGCAAAUUUGGGCAUGGGUGGGUUAUUGAAUGAAGCGUUUAAACCUUGGGGCGGUGGAGGCAAGUUCUUGCUCGUGUUGAUUUUCCUCUCCUUGAUAUCGAAUAAUAUCUUGAAUACUUACUCGGCUGCAUUUGGCGUGCAGUUGGCUGGUUCGGGAUUGGCCAGGAUCCCACGAUGGUUGUGGGCGAUUGCAUUGACUGCCGUCUACUUGAUUUGCGCCUUGGUGGGGAGACAGCACUUUGCUACCAUAUUGAGCAAUUUCUUGCCCAUGGUUGGAUAUUGGAUCUCCAUGUAUUUCAUCAUGUUGCUUGAAGAGAAUUUGAUUUUCAGACAGAGCAGAUUCAAGCAUUUGUACGUUAAGGAAUUCACCAAGGCGAGCCAAGAUUCGAGCUUCGACUCAGCAGCAAGCGCCGACGAGAACGAGGUUGACGAGGUCGAUGACGCAGCGAAAUCGGCGAUGCUCAAGAUCCCCCGCCGUGCCAAGCAGAACUACAAUUGGAGAAUAUGGAACGAUAUCACCCGGCUCACACGAGGUUACGCUGCCACCGCUGCAUUUUGUAUUGGCGCCAGCGGUGCUGCAAUCGGGAUGUCGCAGACUUAUUGGGUGGGACCUUUGGCCAAACUCGUGGGUGGUGAAUAUGGCGGCGAUAUCGCCAUGUGGCUCUGUAUGGGGUUCAGUGGGAUAACUUAUCCGUGGUUGAGGUAUGCUGAGUUGAAAUAUUUCAAGCGGUAG